AUGGAGGCUGCGCUGGCCGAGAAGGGCACCAACCUGCAGCUUUGGGCGACCGAGGCGCUCGACGCCGGGGAGAAGCUGGCCGUGGCCCGGUCGCGGUGCACCGCCCUGGAGGCAGAGCGGUCACGGGCCGCCGUGGGUGCUGAGGAGUGGCGCCAGGCCUACGAAGAGGAGGCGACUCGACGGUGGAGAGAGCGCGUUUCACGGCAGAUGAUAGCCGAGAGGCUCGUCCAAGGGAUGAGCCAGGCGUGCGAGUACGAGCGGGCGCGCAGAUUAUGUGCCGAGGAGACCUUGGCGAGGAGCCGCGCGCACGUCGCCACCUUGAUGGCGAUCGUCGACCACCUGACGACGAGCUUCGAGCUGGGGGCCACAGGCGCCGAGAACCUCCGGGCCCGCAUCGACGAGCUCGAGGCUGCCGCAGGGGCGGGGGGCGAGGCAGGAGUCAGCACCGCGGAUUUCGUCGCGGAGCUACGCGCCGUUGUCUGCCAACCCCCAGCCGACGGGGGACCGUGGCGGGGCGGCGCGGUCGGUUCCGCCGGCGCGUUCGGAUCGGCCAUCAUGGUCGGGGUGGGCCAGAACGACGGCUACGUGGGCGACGGGGCGCAGAGCAAGCGCGGCGUGCUGACGCUGAAGUACCCAAUCGAGCACGGCAUCGUGACGAGUUGCGACGAUAGGGAGAAGAUUUGGCACCACACGUUCUACGCGAUGUACGAGGCCAUCCCGGCAGUGCUCUCGUUGCACGCUUCCGGCCCUGCCACUUGUAUCGCGACGGACUCGGGUGCCGAUGUGUCGCAUGGGGUGCCAAUUUACGAGGGUUAUGCCUUGCCGUGCGCCAUCUUGCGCCUUGACCUGGCCGGCCGCGACCUCACGGGGUACCUGAUGAAGGCCGCGGACGUUACGGAGAAGCUCUGCUACGUUGCCCUCGUCUGCAACACUGAGAUGCAGGCUGCCACCGAGGUUGGGGACGAGGAGAAGGCGUACGAGCUUCCGGGCGGCAGCAUCAUCACCGUGGGCAGCGAGCGUGCCCGCUGCCCUGAGGUGCUAUUCCAGUCCAGCUUCACCGGCAGGGAAGCCAGCGGCAACCACAACACCCCCUUCCAGUCCAUCAUGAAGUGCGACGUCGACAUCCGCAGGGACCUCUACGCCAACACGCUUCCGUCUGGCGGCAUCACCCUGUUCGCCGGGAUCGGGGAGCGCAUGAACAAGGAGCUAUCCGCCCUGGCGCCCUCGACGAUGAGGAUCAAGAUCGCGGCGCCGCCCGAGCGUGAGUACCCCAUGUGGAUCGGCGGGACCAUCCCCCUCACGCAGAGCGCUUCUCAGCAGGAAUGGGCUACGAGGGGCGAGUGCGACGAGUCUGGCCCCACCAUCGUUCACAGGGUCGUCAUCCGCGAGGCAGCGAUGGGAGGUCCAGCCGGGCUGAACGAGGACGGCGGCCUGGCCAUGCCUGGGCGGGGACGCGCGGGCGAGGGCGAGCGCCGCUCGGAGCGGGCAGCCGCCGUGGCGGCGGGAGGGGCGCCAGCGGAGGCCAAGCAGUACCGGUUGACGGACGUGCUCGAGACCUGGGAGGUCGCGCGGUUGGAACGCGAUGAGUUCCCCCGCGAGGCCCACGAGGCCCUGGAGGUGGGGCAGCAACUGUUAGUGGGGGCUCGCCGCCACCCCGCCGCGGAGCAGGCGCGGGGCCUCAUGGAGAUCGGAUCCGAGGCCGAGACGGACGUGGAGGCCGACGAGCCGGCGCCGCGCGGUUGGGGCGCGUUUGCUCCCCGCCUGAGCGAGGCCGUGGAGGCCAGUUCAGGCGCGUGCCGUACGUUGCUGGCCGCUCCGCGCUUGCCGAGCCACGAGGACCACCUCAAGCGCGACUCCGGCACGCGGGCGCUCGACAGUACGUGGGAUCCGACAGGCACGCUGACGCCCAUCAGUCCGGCGUUGGUCAUGCAGGCGAGGCUUAGCCGCGGGGGCACGAGCCUUAGGGGCGACGUCCCAGCGGCGGAGCUGGCGGUGGCUGAGGACCUUACUGGUCGCAUACCUCCGGACCACAUGGAGGAUCGCGCGCGCACCCUGGCGAGGUGCGGGGCCGUGCCCUCUAUCACGGGCACGCGGGUGCUCGACAGCACGUGGGUGCCGACAGGCACGCUGUCGCCCACCAGCGCGCUCGCAUCCCGGAGCGCGCCUGAGCUUGGCGGCACGCCGGUAUUCGGGAGCGUGCUCCAGCAGUCCAACUUCGAGGGCCUGACCGGUUUCCACAGCAGCACCGACGCCAGCUCCGACGCCAACACCGACGCCGGCUCCGACGCCAGCACCGACGCCGGCUCCGACGCCGGCUCCGACGCCUGCCGCGAGGGCAUCUCCAUCGCCGCCGCCGCCGACGCCAGCGCCGACGUCGACGCCAACGUCACCGCCUACGCCGAUAGCGACGGCAGCGACGAG